GACGAUCAUGGUUAUUUAUAUUUUUAAAAACAACAACAUUUCUUGACAUACGAGGUAAAUAAUAAAAUUCUCUUUUAGAAAAAAUGUUCAACUAAGAACCUGUUAAUGGUAUUAUCACCAAUUUGAUAAUUUAAAAAUAAGAAGAAAAUUUUGAACAGAAAAAAAAAAAUAUGCAGGAUAUUUUCUGGGUAUUCAAGAUUUGUGGAACUAAAGUUUCCUUAUCAGUUAUGACGAUAAUCUUUGAAUAAGUAAAAAAAGAAACUACGUCUAUCGAAUGGUAUAAAAGCUACGCUAUUCAGUUAAAAAGAUUAUAAUUAUAAUAAAUUAUUCAACAUGAAGUUUAUCAUUAUUUGUGCUGUGUUAAUAAUUGCCAGCAUUGCUGAUGCUGCUCCGAGUGGAAAUAAACAAUCACAAAAUGACGAAAUUAAAAAUGUUACGCUUCAACAACCACGCAUGAAUGCACAAGUUGAAACUCAAACUUUGAGUUUUCCAAGUCAAGAUGAUUUUUCACAUCAAGAACAAUCUGCAGACAAUGAUUUUUCAAACACAAAACGGACAAGUCAUCAAAAUCCAUUUACUGAUGAGCUUUUGCAUUCUUCCAUUUUUCAAAUACCCACUUUUCCAGGUGAGAGAUCAUCUGUUUUAUCCUCGACCAACAUGGUCAGAGAGCUCCAGGCUUAACAUCUUGUGGAAAUGUAAUUUUUACUAGUCCUGGAUUAGAAACAACCUCCCACAUGUAUUUAUCUAAUUGUAAUAAUUGAUACCAAUCAUUCCAAGUAUUCAUUUAUUCUUAAAAAAAUAAUUUAUAAGGUUCAUUCUAUUUAAUAUUAAUUGAAUCUUUUUACUUAAAAUUAAUAAAAAUUAAAUAAUCAAUCCUCCAUUUACAUUUAUUUUAUUGAGAGUUAUAUUUAUAAUGAAUGUUUCGAAUUAUCAUAAUAUGUUAUCUCAAAUGACCCAGUGAUAAAAUAUCAUUUACAAAACUCAGUCAUACAAAUAAUUAUCUAAAUAAAUAUCAUUGCCAAGGUUAUACACUGAAUAAAUAAAAAACUUUCAAAUACUUCAAUUUUAAAUAAUAAUAAAAUAACUUUUUAUUUAAAAAAAAAAAAAAAAAGUAAUUUAAUUUUUAGUAUACAUUUUUUUUUUUUUUUUUUGAAUUAAUAUUUUUAAAUAUUUUUACAGAUUACAUAAUUGCAACACAUGAAUUUACAUAAAACUAAUAAAUAACAUGUUAAACAUAUUUAACAUUUUAUUUUUACAAUAAAAAAAAUAACAUUUUAAUAAGGAAUGUAUUUUUUUCUUUUUUUUUUUCUUUAAGAAUGAUCAAAAACAAUAUCUUUAACUUUUAAUUGUUUUGACGGAGACUUUUCCAUUAUUGUUGACGCCAGUUGUGACUUCUUUGGUAGUGAUGACCUUGCCAUCUGGACCAACCUUGGAACUUGUACUGGAGCUAGAAAAACUACUGUAAGAACCAUCACCACCUGGAGAUGGUACAUCUUCA